ACUAAUCUAAUAAAUUUUCAAGAGUGUUUUUGCUAUUCUCGUGCCUCACUGAAUAAGCAAACAAAAGAUUAGUAAAGUAUAGCAGCUUUAUCAGUGAAUACAAUAUUAAUAAAAGACGAUUACCCAAGUAAUGUGAUAACUUUAUAACUGUAGUCUCAGUAAAUAAUGUCAGUAAGAAUCGGUCUUUUAAACCACGCACUAACCAGAGCUCAGGAAAAUUGACAAAAAUGUUCAAAUUUGUAACAUUCGUUCGGUCGGUGCCUCGAAGUCAGUUUGAGUUAUUGAAAACUACUACUUCGACUAAUGCAACUCAAAAGUAUUCUUUCUCAAAAACUGCAAACUGUUUAUCAGUAAACACUGCCAUCAAAUCCUCAUCAGAGCUACCAAAGAAAUGUGAUGUUUUAAUUAUAGGCGGUGGAGGAUUUGGAUCCUCGAGUGCAUAUUGGCUAAAGAAAAAGGCUGGAAAUGACUUAAAUGUUGUUGUCAUCGAAAAAGAUUGUACUUAUACAAAAGCAUCGACGCCACUAUCAGUCGGUGGAUUGCGACAACAAUUUUCAUUUCCCGAAAACAUUCAAAUGUCUUUGUAUGGUGCAGAGUUUUUUGAAAUUGUGAAAGACCAUUUGGGUGAUUGUGAAUUGAAUUUCAAGCCAAAUGGAUAUCUGAUAUUAGCUUCUGACAGUGGUGCAACUAAUUUGCUGAGCAAUGCAAAGACUCAAAAGGAAUUGGGUGCUCAAAAUGUGGUUCUAACUCCGGAAAAGCUGAAGGAGAUAUUUCCUUGGAUUAAUACCGAAGGAGUAGCACUUGGAUGUUAUGGACUUGAGAAGGAAGGCUGGUUUGAUCCUUGGGCUCUCCUCAUGGGUUUCAAAAAUACUGCUCGUGAACAUGGAGCCAAUUACGUUGACGGUGAGGUUGUAGAAUUUGGUUUCGAAGCAAAGCCAGAAGGACAGCAAAUGAAAAAAGCUGUUGUAAAACUCACGAAUGGUGAAAAGCAAUCAAUCGAUUUUGAAAAGUGUGUAAUUGCUGCUGGAGCUUGCUCAGGAGACGUGGGUAAACUGGCUGGCCUAGGAAAUGGAGAAGGACUUCUUAGCUUUGCGUUACCCGUUGAACCACGAAAACGUUUUGUUUACGUGUUUGAUUGUCAAGGGGAAAAUGCACCUGGAUUGAAAACACCACUUACCAUCGAUCCUAAUGGAACGUAUUUUAGACGUGAUGGUGAAGGUGGUAAUUAUUUAUGUGGCAGAAGUCCAGAAUGUACAUGCGAACCAUCGGUCGAUGAUCUCGAAGUUGAUUUUAGCUUUUUCGAAGAAGAAAUUUGGCCAACAUUAGCACAUCGUGUUAAAGCAUUCGAAUCGAUUAAAAUUCGUAGUAGUUGGGCUGGAUUUUACGAAUAUAAUACAUUCGAUGAAAAUGGUAUUAUUGGCAGACAUCCAUACUAUCAAAAUUUGUACAUUGCAACUGGAUUUAGUGGUCAUGGAAUUCAACAAACCCCAGCUGUAGGAAGGGCGAUUUCUGAACUUAUUUUAGAUGGACGUUUUACUACUAUUGAUCUCACUCGUCUAGGAUUCGAUAGGAUUGUUAAUAAUAAACCUAUGCCAGAAGUUCAUAUUUUUUAGUUAGUAACAAAUUUGAUAGUAGUUUUUUUUUUAGUUUUUAAA